AUGAAAUCUUUAUCAAGAUCACAUCUUCUAGAAAGCACUGAUAACCAUUCUAAUAAUCAUAUUAUUUCUAACUCUAGUAUUUCUAAUAGAUUCUCCUCUUCUUUCUCCUCAUCAAAUUCUGUCAAAGAAACAAAUAAAAUUACAUUAUCAUAUGAUCCUAAAAACAAACUACAAAUUUUGAAUCAAUUUGAAAUUAUUCGUGAAAUUGGUAUUGGAACACAUAGUAAAGUUAAGUUGGGGUAUGAUUUGUCGUUGCAUAAACCAGUAGCCAUCAAGAUUAUGAAUAGGAAAGAACGGAAAAGAAGCCAAUUCAAAUUUGAACAAAACCUUAAAAUUAAACAAGAAAUCAAUUGCCUGAAAUUAAUCAGUAAACACAGAAACAUUAUCCAAUUAUUUGAAAUUUUAGACGAUUUUCAGUCCAGAAAGAUUUAUUUGAUUAUGGAAUAUUGUCCUGGCGGUGAAAUUAAAUGGUGUCCUGAAACUGUUAAUGAACUGGAUGCAUCUGGUCCACCACAAUGGUCAUUUCAACGGGUUAGAGAAAUGGUUAGAGAUGUCAUAUUGGGGCUAGAAUAUUUACAUCAUAAAGGUAUUAUUCAUAGAGAUAUUAAACCAGCAAACUUAUUAAUUUCAAAUAAUAAUAUCGUCAAAAUAUCAGAUUUUAGUAUAUCUGUUAUAAUAAACGAAUCUCAUCAAAAUAACUCAAAAUACAAUAUUAUAUCUUCUCCUUCUACUACUACCACAGCCACUUCCUCUAUUCCAUCCUCUUCUGCAUCGUCAUGCCUUUCUGGAACUACCACAACAAAUACAGAGGUUGGUUCAAAUAUAGAUUAUUUACAACUAAUAAAAACAGAGGGAACACCUGCUUUUUUUGCCCCAGAACUCUGUUUAGGGUAUGAUGCGUGGAAUAAGUUUAAGUUGCCAAGCAAUGAUACCACAUCCAAUCGUAGUAGCAAUACUAAUUCUAGUACUAAUUCUACCACUAAUACGGAUAAUUAUUUUCUAUCCACAAAAAUUGAUGUUUGGGCAUUAGGUAUUACAACAUUCUGUCUUCUCUUUGGCAUGCUGCCAUUUAAAUCUAAAUUUGAAUUAGAACUCUUCAAUAAAAUCAUUAAUGAUCCAGUAAAAUACCCAGAAUAUGUAGAUCUAAUGACAAAUAAUAUAUCAGAAAUAACAUCAAUACAAGAAUACGAAUUAGCAAAAGAUUUUAUUGAACAAUUAUUAAUCAAAAAUCCGUUUAAUCGAAUAUCAGUAACUGAAUGUAAAAAACAUCCCUUCAUUUGUUUUGAUUUUAAUAAUAAAAUAAUUAAUGAUUCAAGGACGAAAGAUUCCAAACUAUUACAAAAAUUGAAUUUUUUAACAAAACAAGAUGAAGAAAACAUUGUAACAUUAGAUAAUAAUAAGGAUGAUAAUGAAAAUAAUAUUGCACAAUUUUGUACCGAUACAGAUGCUUUUAAUAAAGGUCACAAAAUUGAUUCAUUUUUAAAUCCAACCAAUUCUUUAACAAUGACAGAAAACCCUUCUUUAGUUAAUAUUCAUAAACAUAAAUUACCCACCAUUAAUCCUAUCCCUCCAAUAAAGAAAUCCAUAAAAUCCUUAAAUAAAAAAACUAGAAAUAAAAGAAACAAGUCCAAAGAAACGUUGGAUAAUAAUGAGAAUAGUGAUAGUACUAAUUGUAAUAACAAUGACAAUAACAACAGUAAUGAAAAUUGUAACAAUGAUAACUAUGAUAGUAAUAGUAGUAAUACAAUGGUUAAUUUACCGAUUAAUUCUUCCUUUGCAUCGUUAGAUAGUUUCUAUAUCGAAAAUUUUGCAAUGACAAAACUAAUCCAAGAAGACUCCGAAGCUCUUAAUUCAAAAUUUAAGUCUGCAUCUCAACCCAUAGUAACUGAACCUAUUCCUAAUACGAAAUCAUCUCAGAACGAUCUGACAAUGCCAAGGAGAAGACGUAAGAGACAUUCUAAAAAUAAAAAAAAUAUCGGAAACAUCUACAAUGAUAACAACUCAAUUAAAACAAAUUCAUCAAUUAGAUUAAAUAUUCAUGAUCUUAAUUCUCAACCAUCUUCAAGAAUACCAAGUAAUCAUAAACUAUUACAAUCUCCAACUUUUGGUCAAAAUUUCUCAAGUUUUUCAAGUAAUUUAACAUCGUCAAGCAAUGGAAGUAUUAAUAAAGAUUUAUACAAAGGUAGGGUAUCUCCAAACAGCCCAUUAAAUAGUGAUUUAUUGCCUAGAUCAAAAUUUAUUGAUAGCCAAUUGGAAUCUCCUAUUUCUUCUUUUAACCCCAUUUCAUUUGACAAUAAAAAUAAAGAGAUAGGUAAACACUCAUUCAAUAAGGAUAAUCAGUAUAAUGAGAAAGAUAUAUUUAAUGCUGUUUAUAAAUCUUCAAUCAAUAAAAAUAUCAAUUCUCCAAUGGGAAAUAGUAGAUCACCAAUAGAAUCAGACGUAUCAUUAUCACCUUCUCAACCAUCGUAUCAUAUCACAUCUACAGAUGCAAGCGUUGUAUCUUUUAGAAACAUGCCUCAAUUCUCUGAUUUAAUACCUUCUGGACCGAUCACUCCAUUGGAAUCAUCAAGUUCUGCCAUGUCAUCGACUUGUUCUUCUUCCACUUUAUCUUCAUCAAUUUCAACAUCAUCUUCUUAUUCAAGUUCUAGUUCAAACCAUGAUUCGGAUUCGGGUGAAGAGUUAAUAUUAAAUAUUGGACACUCCGGUCAUACAAGGAGACAAUUAUCUCAACAAGCUCAAAACUUAAAUUCUGUAAAAACUAAUGACAAAGACCUCGUACGAAAAAAUUCUACAAUUUCCACACCAUCAAGAAAAAUUUAUUCUAGGAAAGAGUCACCACAAUCAACUUCAAAUAAAGUAUCAGAUACAAACAGCAUUGAUACAGAAAAUAUCAUUAGUGGCAAGUUUAUUGGUGGUGAUAUGGAUUCAAGAAAACUUUUAAAGGAUGUAUUGAAUCAUAACUCAUUUACCAAUAACAAUAAAGAAAAUAUGGAUAAUAAGAUAUAA